CGGCCUUUUAUUCAAUUAAGAAACUUCAAAUUGCUAUCAACAUUCUUAAACAAUAUAUACUUGCACAAUGUGUUGGGUGGAACAGAUCUGAUUGCUUUCAUUUUGCUUCAAUUUUUUUUAUCUUUCAAGCUGUGGUAGGAGAGAACAGAAAUGGCUUACUCUGCUCUUCUUUCUCUUACUCACGUUCUACAGCGCACCCUGAAAUAUGAUCGUUCAUAUCUUCUUCCUGGGGAGAAACAACAAAUCGAAUCCCUCCUCGAAAAAGUUGGUUACUUGCAAGAUUUUCUUGAUAAUUUUCCCAGAGAGAAAAUCGAAUCAAUAGAAGGUUUGGAGAGAAAGAUCAGUGAUGCAGUAUGUCAAACUGAAGAUAUCAUUGAAUCUUGCAUUGCACAUCAAGUUCUUGAAGAAUCUACAAGUCAUAGUGGUGACAUCUUUAAAACUUCAUUCCAUGAAAUAGCAAAACUAAUUGAAGAAGUUGAUUCCAUAAAGAUAGGGGCAGGGAAGAUUGAGGAUGAGAGUGGCAUACAGGAAGAUUUGGAGUGCAACACCUCAUUGCCUGUUGGUUCAUUAAGACCAGCUUCUUCAGGUCAGAGCACUAUGGUUGGUCUUGAUGAUACCAUGGCGAAGAUCAAGGAUCAUCUAGUCAGCAGUUCAUCAAAACUUGAAGUUGUGUCAAUUGUCGGCAUGGGUGGCAUCGGUAAGACUACACUCGCGCAUAAAGUUUACAAUGAUAAAUAUAUUGAGUAUCACUUUCACAUUUGUGCUUGGUGCACUGUCUCUCAAAAAUAUAAUGUGCGAAAUAUCCUACUGGGCCUCUUAGAUUCCAUGAAAAUACAAAUUGACGGGAGUGAAAAGGACAUUGAUCAAUUAGUAGAACUUUUGUACAAGAAGCUAAAGGGUAGGCGGUAUCUUCUUGUAAUGGAUGAUGUGUGGGAUAUCGAGGCCUGGGACAGUGUGAAAAGAUAUUUUCCAGAAGACAAAAGUGGAAGUCGAAUCCUUUUGACUACUAGGCUUGAGAAUGUGGCGAAUUAUAUCAACUCUGGUUCUCGUCUUCAUCAUGUGCGUUUCCUGAACGACGAAGAAAGUUGGAAGUUAUUUUGUCAGAAGGUGUUUGGAGAAGGUUUUUGUCCUCUUGAAUUGGAAGAAAUCGGCAAGAAGAUUGCCCAAAAUUGUCGAGGACUUCCACUUGCAGUUGCUGUGAUUGGGGGCCUCCUAUCAAAGGUCACUAAAACACCACAUUACUGGAGAACUAUUGCAGAAAAUGUAAGUUCAGAAAUAACUUCAAAUGAUGAGCAAUGCUCUAAGAUACUUUCUUUAAGUUAUAAACAUUUGCCUUAUCAUUUGAAAGGGUGUUUUCUAUACAUGGGAAUUUUUCCGGAAGAUUUUGAAAUAAGAGUCAAGGUACUUACCAAGUUGUGGGUUGCAGAGGGAAUCCUCAAACCAGCAAGCUCUAAAACGUUGGAAGAUGUAGGAGAGGAGUACUUUUUGGAUCUUGUUCAAAGAAGUCUUAUUUUGGUUCAGGAGAAAGGGUCCAUUGGAAAAAUUAAAACAUGUAGAAUUCAUGAUCUGUUACGGGACCUUUGUAUCAUGGAAGCUCAAAAGGAGAAGUUUUUCCAUGUCAUUGAAGGGAGUCUCUAUGGUAUUCAAGGAGACACUAGUAUGCGCCGUGUAAGUAUUCAUGUUAAGAAUGGUCAAUUACCUUUUGAAUUUUACCAUGUGGCUAAAGGGACUCUCCAGGGUGAUGACAAAACACAAUGGUCUUUAGAGGGGUUGUUUCGUUCUUCAUCUGUAGAAUAUUCUGUCGAUUCUAGGUCACUUAAAGUGCUACAUAUCGAGGGAAGGGAUCAAAUGCGAAAUGGAAUGCAAGUAUUGGUUAACAUGCGGUACUUGAAUUCCUACCUUGGACACCAUAUUGCAUCAAUAUAUAAAUUUCGGAAUCUACAAACAAUAAUUAUUCGUGUGGGGAUCACUACGCUACCACCAGAAAUAUGGAAGAUGCCACAAUUAAGACAUGUCAAGUGGAAUGGUAUUGCAAGUCUUCCUGAUCCUCCCAUUUCAGAAACUAAGGGGGAAGAAAAUUCUAUUGUUGUUCUAGAAAACCUUCAAACACUCUCAAUGAUAAAUAGAUUUAGUUGGACGGAGGAAGUCCUAGAAAGAAUUCCAAAUCUACGGAAAUUGGCUAUCUGUUAUGACUCUAUAACGGAGGCUGAUUGGAAAGAAUACCAUAUCAAUAAUCUUGUCCAUCUAACUAAACUUGAAUCAUUAAAUUGUCUUAUUAGAUCUGACCGCUCUGAUUUCCUAGUUGAUAUCACUUUUCCGACAUCACUCAGAAAAUUGACUUUAAAUGGCAUCAAACUUCAUCCCUCCAAAUUGUCGAUUCUUGGUUCGAUGCCAAAUCUUGAAUUGCUGAAAUUGAAAUCGAGUGCCUUCCUUUGUCAGGAGUGGGAACCAAAUGAAGGAGAGUUUCUUAAAUUGAGAUUUCUACUAUUAUACGACGUUGAACUGAAGCACUGGAGAGCUGAUAAUAUCCACUUCCCGAGUCUCGAGCACCUAGAAAUUUUUGAUUGUGAACUACUGGAUGAGAUCCCUCCUGGAUUUGGAGAAAUUUCAACUCUUCAAUCCAUCGAGUUGUUUUUCUGUGGUGAUUCAAUUGUAGAAUCAGCAAAGAAAAUAGAAGAGGCACAAUCGGAUUGGGGGAACGAUGCCUUCAAGUUAUAUACUGACAAGUACUAAAUGCGCUGAGCUUCAAAGUUUUCCAUUCCAAUCUUUUCUGUCUGCAGUUCGAGAUAUAAGAGCUCAGUUUAAACCAACUUCAAUGCAGAUGCUGUGCAUUAGGCGUGCAAUUAAGUUUCUCAAAAGUUUGUAGUGUACAUCCAUGAUUUCAUUUAAUGUCCUUGUUUGUCUAUGUUGUUUCUUCUGCUUUCCACUCUCUUUAUUUGUAUUUAUCACAUGAAUUUAUUAAUUGAAAAAAUAAAAUCACGAUUCAUGUAUCA